AGGAGGACUUUUUUUUUUUUUUUUUUUUUUUUUUUUGCCGAAUCCCGUUGUUGCGGUGGGACUCGAGCUGCGGCGUCUAAUCCUCUGUUGGGUGGCCAUUUUCAUUUUUUGACUCUGAAUCAAAAUGGCGGCGGAAGGCUUCCAGUACCGUGCCCUCUUCGCGUUCACCAAGGACCAGGAGGAGGACCUGGACCUGCAGCCCGGAGACCUGCUCACGGUCAGCAAGGCGUCACUGGCGUCCUCGGAGAGCUACCAGGAAGGCUGCGAGGCGCAGCCCGAGCGCCUGGGCUGGCUGCUCGGGUACAACGAGCGCACCAAGCAGAGGGGCGACUUCCCCGGGACGUACGUGGAGUACGUGGGCCCCGUCAAGAUGGCGCUCCCCUCGAGUCAACCCCGGUCCCAGAGGCCGCUUCCCGCAGCUCCCAAGCCAGACUCAGCACCAGCUGCUCCCGUGCCGGACCUGAGCGAGCAGUUCACGCCGCCGGAGACGGCGCCCCCGGCCCUCGUCAGCCUCAUCCAAGCCAUAGAAAAGAGAGGUUUGGACUGCAAGAUGUUGUACAGGACGGCCGGUUCCUCCGAUCCGGACAGUCCGGUCUACAGCCUGAGCUCUGAGGGCGAAUCGGCCCAGACGGACGUGUGCUUCCUGUCCGAGAGCGUCCUGCACUUCCUGAGAGAGCUGCCCUCGCCCGUCAUCCCGGCCUGCAUCUACCCUCACCUGCAGACGGCCGUCAUGCAGCAGCAGAUCCUGCAGCAGUCAGCAGAUGGCGCAGUCGCCGGCAGCCGGAACAGGGAGGUGAGCCUGGUCCUGGAGAACUCCACCGCCGUCCCCCUCCACCACCGCCUCACCCUCCAGUUCCUCCUCAUACACCUGGCCAAGGUCGCCCAGGCGCAGGCCAGCAACGGCCUGGACACACACACGCUCGGGAGGAUCUUCGGCCCCCUGCUGAUCCGGACGGGCGCCUCCACGCCGUGGUUGUCGUUGGAUGAGGACGUUCCCGCCUUGGUGGUGGAGCGGCUGCUCAUAGAGAGGAACGCCGAUCAGGACCUCCCUCCUCCAGUUCUCCCUGCAAAGCCGGCCAAGUCAAAGAUGACACCGUCGGCCAUGACGGACACCAGCAGCCUGCUGAACGACGCCGAGUGGUACUGGGGAGACAUUUCCAGAGAGGAGGUGAACGAAAAGCUCAGAGACACUCCAGACGGAACCUUCCUGGUUCGAGACGCGUCCAGCAAGCUGGAGGGCGAGUACACGCUCACCCUCAGGAAGGGCGGGAACAGCAAGCUCAUCAAGAUUUACCACCGGGACGGGCGGUACGGCUUCUCCGAGCCGCUCACCUUCCUGACUGUGGUGGAGCUCAUCAACCACUACCGCCACGAGUCGCUGGCGCAGUACAACGCCAAGCUGGACACCAAGCUGCUGUACCCCAUCUCCAAGUACCAGCAGCUGGUGAAGGAGAACAGCAUCGAGGAGGUGGGAGAACAGCUGAAGGUUUAUCAUGAGCAAUACCAGGAGAAGAGCCGCGAGUACGACUCCCUCUACGAGGAGUACACUCGCACGUCGCAGGAGCUGCAGAUGAAGCGCACGGCCAUCGAAGCUUUCAACGAGACCAUCAAGAUCUUUGAGGAGCAGUGCGAGACUCAGGAGCGAUACAGCCGAGAGUCUCUGGAGCGGUUCCAGCGCGAGGGCAACGAAAAGGAAGUGCAAAAGAUCCAGAGCAAUUCCGAGCGCCUGAAGUCUCGCGUGAAGGAAAUCCACGACAGCAAGCGCAAGCUGGAGCAGGACCUGAGGGAGCAGGUCUCGGACAACAGGGAGAUCGACAAGAGGAUGAACAGCCUCAAGCCGGACCUCAUGCAGCUCCGCAAGAUCAGAGACCAGUAUUUAAUAUGGCUGACGCAGAAGGGGACGAGGCAGAAGAAGAUCAACGAGUGGCUGGGCAUCAAGAACGACGCUGAUGACUCCUACUCUCUGGAGGAGGACGAGAGCUCGCCUCAUCACGACGAGUGCACCUGGUACGUGGGCGACAUCAAGCGCACCCAGGCCGAGGAAAUGCUGCGAGGCAAAUGUGACGGCACCUUCCUCAUCCGGGAGAGCCAAUCGCAGAAGGGCUCCUACGCCUGCUCUGUGGUUGUGGACGGAGACAGCAAGCACUGCGUCAUCUACAAGACGGCCACCGGCUACGGCUUCGCCGAGCCCUACAACCUCUACUCCUCCCUCAAAGACCUGGUUCUCCACUACAAGAACGUCUCCUUGGUCCAACACAACGACCAGCUGAAUGUAAACCUGGCCUACCCGGUGCUGGCCCGCUCCCAGAACCAGAACCAGAACCAGCACCCCAGAUGAAUCCAGCCACCAGCGGCGUCGGACGCCGACCAGGGUGGGGAAGCUAAACUUUCACUCAUAUGCAUUUCAGGGGGGAGGGGUU